UUUUUUAUUUUUGUAACAUUACAUUUUAAUACAUUUCAGCUCUUAACAAGUCUUGUGGCUCUUGCCACUGCCAAACCUGAAGCUGGUUAUAGCUAUUCGCCUCCAUCUAGCUCGUAUGGAGCUCCAUCUGGAGGCGGAGGGGGUGGUUUUGGAUCAUCCGGAGGAGGCGGUGGAUUUGGAGGCCAUGGUGGAGGAGGCGGCGGAUUUGGAGGAGGAGGUGGUGGAUUUGGAGGCGGUGGUGGAGGAUUUGGAGGUGGAGGUGGAUUAGGGGGUGGAUUAGGAGGUGGAUUCGGAGGCGGUGGUGGAGGAGGAGGCGGAUUCGGAGGAGGUGGAGGUGGCGGCGGAGGUGGAUUCGGGGGUGGUUUCGGAGGUGGAUUCGGAGGAGGCGGUGGAACCACAGUCCAAAAGCACAUUUACGUUCACGUCCCGCCACCAGAACCCGAAGAAUUCCGACCACAAAGACCCAUCAUAACCGGCCAAGCUCAAAAACAUUACAAAAUCAUCUUCAUUAAAGCCCCAUCUCCGCCAACUCCAACCGCUCCCGUUAUCCCAGUUCAACCACAAAACGAAGAGAAAACAUUGGUUUACGUCUUGGUUAAGAAACCGGAUGAGGCGCCAGAAAUCAACAUCCCAACUCCAGCUCCAACUCAACCAAGCAAACCGGAAGUUUACUUCAUCAGAUACAGAACUCAGACAAGCGGAGGAGGAGGUGGUGGUGGAGGAUUUGGAGGAGGAGGUGGUGGUGGAUUUGGAGGAGGAGCUGGAGGUGGAUUUGGAGGUGGCGCUGGAGGUGGAUUCGGUGGAGGAGCUGGAGGUGGAUUUGGAGGAGGCGGAGGCGAUGGAAUUGGAGGAGGAAUUGGGGGUGGAAUUGGAGGAGGAAUCGGAGGUGGAAUUGGAGGUGGAAUCGGGGGAGGUCACGGAGGUGGAAUUGGCGGCGGAAUUGGAGGAGGACAUGGCGGUGGUGGUGGAACUGGAGGAGGCGUAUCCGGAAGUUAUGGCCCCCCAGCUAAAACGGGUGGACCUUAUUAAGCAGCAAAACGUCAACAUCUUCAGUUGUUUUGCAGCCAUCUUUAUUGUUAUUCUCGAUAUUUAUCAUAGCCAACUCUGUAAAUAUCCAAAAAAGGAUUUAAUAGAGAGGAUUCGGUGAGGAUAGCUGCAAAGUACAACUAAGGCGUUUUUUAGAAAAAAAUCGUAUUAAAAAAUAGCCAAAAAAAGGAAUAAGCAUCGAAAUGACCUCGUGUGAUGUAACAAAGUAUACUCUUCAUCUCUGCACCACCACGGCAUCGCUCACCCCCACCAACCCCGCCACAAUCUCCACAGUGUAUAUAUUUGUGCAAUACGUCUCAUUAAUCGUUUAUUAUUAUUUUUUUAAAAUGAAUAGUUUAUAAAAAAUGUUUUUGUUUGUAUAUUACAUACAUGUAAUUUGCUACAGAA